GAGCAAGCCUCGCCUCGCACCAAGACACCACCGUCCACCCCGACAUGUCCCCCUUCCGCCACCCCGUCGUCGUCGUCUCGCACGGCCCCGGCCCGCUGUGGCUGCUCACCUCGGGCUUCGCCGGUAUGAACAGGAGCAGCGUCCCCGCGCAAACGCUCACCACCACGUUCGACAAGCUCUACCCCAAGGGCACGAACCUGCCCAAGCGCAUCCUGUACGUGUCCGCGCACUUCGAGUCCGACAGCAGCGGCUUCGAGAUCUCCAACGCCGCCAACCCGGACAUGAUCUACGACUACUACGGCUUCCCUCAAGAGGCGUACGACGUCGUGUACCCCGCCAAGGGCGACCCCGACUUCGCCCAGAAGGUCAAGGAGCAGCUUGAGAAGAACAAUCUCAAGGCCAAGCUUGUCGACCGCGGCUUCGACCACGGUGUGUUCGUCCCCAUGCUGCUGAUCCGCCCCCAGGCCGACAUCCCGAUCGUCACUCUGUCUAUCAACUCGCGUCUUGGCAACAAAGCCCACUUUGACUUGGGCAAGGCGAUCGCUCCGUUCCGCGACGAGGACACGCUCAUCCUUUGCUCCGGGCAGGCCACGCACAACCUGCGCGCGAACCGCGACCCCAACAGCCCAAUCAUGGACUGGGCCGCAGCGUUCCAGGGCUGGCUCGACAACACGCUCACGGCUGAGUCGAAGCUGA